AGGAAAAGACGCCCUGGACCCUUCCCUUUUGGCGAUCACCUUACAGAAGGAGAAUUCAUUUUGUUUUGUUUAUUUCUUUGACUUUGAUAAACGUGUGAAGCUGAGCUCGUCUCCAAACGCGUGGACUGUGGACACGUUGUGCAAACAUCAUGUCUGCUUCUGCCAUUUUCGUGUUGGACCUGAAGGGGAAGGUGCUGAUCUGCAGAAACUACAAAGGCGACGUGGACAUGGCCGAGAUCGACCACUUUGUGCCGUUACUGAUGCAGCACGAGGAGGAGGGGCUUAUCUGCCCCGUCCUGUCCCACGGAAACAUUCACUUUAUGUGGAUCAAACACACCAACCUCUACUUGGUGGCUACGACAAAUAAAAACUCCAACGCCGCCCUGGUGUAUUCAUUUCUCUACAAAAUGGUCGAGGUUUUCACCGACUACUUCAAAGAGCUGGAGGAGGAGAGCAUCCAGGACAAUUUCGUGGUUGUGUACGAGCUUCUGGACGAGCUGAUGGAUUUCGGUUUCCCGCAGACGACGGACGGGAAGAUCCUGCAGGAGUACAUCACACAGGAAGGGGCGAAACUCGAGGUCACGAAGAGCAAAGUCCCGACGACCGUCACCAACGCCGUCUCCUGGAGGUCAGAGGGCAUCAAGUACAAGAAGAACGAGGUCUUCAUCGAUGUCAUUGAAAGCAUCAACGUCCUGGUGAAUGCAAACGGCAGUGUGAUGAGCAGUGACAUCGUAGGGAGUAUUAAACUAAAGACCAUGUUGUCCGGGAUGCCCGAGCUGCGACUGGGACUCAACGACCGGGUCCUGUUCGCUUUGACUGGACGAGACAAGGGUAAGACGGUGGUGAUGGAGGACGUGAAGUUCCAUCAGUGCGUCCGUCUGUCGCGGUUUGAAAGUGACCGGACGAUUUCGUUUAUUCCUCCAGACGGAGAGUCUGAGCUUAUGUCCUACCGAAUCAACACACACGUGAAGCCGUUGAUCUGGAUUGAAUCCGUCAUUGAAAAGUUUUCUCACAGCCGAGUGGAGAUCAUGGUGAAGGCAAAGGGACAGUUUAAAAAACAGUCCGUUGCAAACAAUGUGGAGGUCAGGGUCCCGGUCCCGAGCGACGCCGACUCCCCCAAGUUUAAAACCAGCACCGGAAACGCCAAAUACGUCCCAGAGAAAAAUCUAGUGGUUUGGACCAUCAAGUCUUUUCCAGGGGGCAAAGAGUUCCUGAUGAGGGCCCAUUUUGGUCUGCCCAGUGUGGAGAACAACGAGCUGGAAGGAAAACCGCCCAUCACUGUCAAAUUUGAAAUCCCGUACUUCACAGUGUCGGGGAUACAGGUCAGAUACAUGAAGAUCAUAGAGAAGAGCGGAUAUCAGGCCUUACCCUGGGUGCGUUACAUCACACAGAGCGGAGAUUAUCAGUUAAGGACAAAUGUGUAGAAUCAUCAAAAUAAAGUUAUAUCCACACGGCCCCUGCACUACAAACCCAACGACUGAAGGAAAAGUCUUUAUGUUUCAUUUGCUUUAUGUGUGAAGUGUUUUUCAGUUUGAUUUUACAGUAUGAGCCAAACUUCACUUCUAAUCGUGUGUAUUUGUGUAAAUCUUCUGUGAUUGUGUUGUGUAAAAACUCUAUAAAGCUCUUUUUUCU